UUGAAAUCUGUUGUUUUUUUUUUUUGUUAUGAAGAAACCCAAUAUUUUUUUUGUAUGCAUAAAGUAGAUAUAAACGUAUGAAUAAUGGAAAUAAUGAAAAAAAUGGGUUGCAUGAAACCCAAAAAAUUACCAGUUAAAGUGACCGAUGAGAAACGUUCACGAAAAGUUGGUUUGGUCGUUACUAGUCUAAUCGAUCUCAAGAAAAAGUCGCACGAUGUAUUCAAAGUACCAGCAGAUUCACACAAUUUGGAUUCACUUUUUGUUGUUUUAGAAGAUGGAACCGAAGUUUCCCAUGAUGCAUAUCUGUUUUCUCUAGUGAACAAUACCCUGUUAAUCAUUUAUCAUAAAAAGCCAGCUGUCCCCAUAAAUUCAAGUAUACCUUUGCCGGGAACAGCCUGUAACUUACCAUCUAGCUUUCUAAUCUUUUGCACAGGUUCUUUGCAACAAACAAUGGAAAGAUACCUAAGUGCUCUCCAUGAUCUGCAGAAAUUUAAUUCUGAAGAAGUUGUAAAGUUUAUUGAAGACAACAAGGAUGAUAAACUAAAAUUGACUUGGCAAUAUGUAACAACACUUACCUCAACUAAAAGCCAUUUCAGUUCUAUAUCAGAUCAUCCAGAAUGGUUUACUGGUUGUAACAAAUUGGUUACCACCAAAGAAGAAUAUUUCAGAAAAUGUGCUCAGGGUAGGAUACGAAGUUAUUUACGAGACGCUAGGAAUAGGUUGUCACACAACAAACUUUCACUUAGUCCAAUAGAAAAAUUGAAGUCCUGUUUAGAAGAAAAGAAAUACUUCGCCUGCUAUUUUGACAGGAAAGACAGGAGUCAAGAUAGAUUGUGUGACUCAAAAGGGGAAUUUCAUUGCCAGGGACAGUACAACAAACCCAUCUGUCAAAACAACCAUUGGAUCAAUCCUUACGACAACGCAGAGAGCCGUAUCUUAUUUAGCACAUGGAAUUUGGACCACGUCAUAGAACGAGUAAAGAUUUUAACUGCUCUCUGUUCUCAAAUCCGUUGCAAUAACGGGUGCGAUCAUUUAAAAUAUUUUGAUCUCCUCUUCUCAAGAAAAAAUUUGAAACUGGUCCAUAAGAACUGCCAUGUGAUUGGACCCCACAUAGAGUGCCAGAUCGUUUAGAUUUCUUCGUACCCUGAAGAUGAUUCCACUUUGAUAACUGUCCUUAGAAUAUUAUAUCGAAACUUCAAAAGUUUAA